AUGGAGGAGGAUAUUAAAAGAGUUAAAGUGACAUGGAGCGACGACUUAAGUCAUAAUUCUGAGGAAGAAAGAGAACGUGAACGGCAGGCGCAACUUGAGCGUGAAUUAGCCGCACUUCCCGUAAAGCCUGUAUAUGAGCCAGCAGAACUGAAGACACUGGUCUCCUAUAUCAUGGAAAUGACAACAAUCUAUGACCUACGACCAGAGGAUUGGAACGACGAAGCUAAAUUUGCUAUAGAAGAAUGGAUAACAGAACCAAAAGCUCUCAUACUUUGCGUGUAUUUUAAGGGCGAGAAGCUAAAAGCAUCGUCAGACAUUCCCCUAUCACCAGUGUACGACCUGUCUUACUUUAUAAGACAGCCUGAUUUCGUUUUCAAAGCUGAGACGUUUCACGAUGAUAUAAUUUUCGGCACUUUUGUGGACUCCGUUGAGUCGAAUAUUAUUAGGCACUUAGAGUUGGUGUUUGCUCCGUUUUUCUUCGCUGUGAACACUUGGCCUGAUAGUGUCAAGAGCGAAUUUUGUUCACAAAUCCACACGUUUCUCGCCAAACUAACAGACAUGUACUAUAAGAUGUUGGGUCUGACUGUUCUUUACAUACCCCGGGAAGGUCAGAACUUGACGUUUGAAAAGGCAAGUGGAGACAGGGAGUUAGUGAAACGACUUGAAGGGGUCGUGGUAUACUGGACACAUCAAAUCAAAUCAUGCAUUGAAGACCAGUCUUCGGUGGCCUCUCAAAAAGAGCUGUUAUGUCCAAGCGAUGAAUAUGACUUCUGGGUUUAUAGACAUGAGAAUCUCAGUGCGCUCCUUUAUCAACUGAGGAAUCCUGCCGUAAAACACAUAACAAAAAUCCUGGUUACAACCCAUUCGACAUUCAUCCAUCAAUUCCAAUCUCUCUGUGAUGAAAUAAAUCAAAAGCUUAAAGAAGCGACAUCCAAUAUCGAAUUCCUCCAAAUAAUAAAACAACCGUGUGCCAUAUUGGAGUGUGUGGAUGAUCCAGAUGAGAUAGCCAAUCACGUUCCGCAAAUUAUCAAUCUCUUCAGGGUUAUAUGGAUGGAGAGUCCAUAUUACAACUCUGAAGCAAGAAUAACCAAUCUGUUUAAAGCUCUCAGUAAUCAGAUAAUAAUCCUUUGCCGAAAUUACGUAAAAUUGGACGAAUUAUUCGAAGGAAACACGAAGAAGGCGCUAGGUGAAUUCAGCAAGUGUAUAGAUUGCUGCAAAAGAUAUCGAGAGAUUUACGAACUUAUGGCUGAAGCGCAUAGUGACGUUAAUCCUGGCUCUUGGGAACUGGAUAUUGGGGCAAUAUUUAAUUAUAUAGACUCAUUUGUCCAAAGGUGCUUUGAUAUGUUGGACGUGUGUAAUUGUAUGAUUAUUUUUGGAAGAAUUGAUGAACUAGAGGUAAUAAACAAGCCAAUGUUUGGAGGAGCACGUGGUGACCAAUUUGAGGCGAAAUGUGAUCAAAUCGAACACAUGUUCCACGAUGCGUUGGACAACGUGAGAGCCGUCGCUGACACAAUCUUGGACGUGCAAGCGCCUUCGUGGUACGAUGAUAUACUACAAUUCAGGGCUGUUAUCAAAGAUAUCGAGAUAAUUAUAGAGAAUCUCGUGGAGACGGUAUUCGAAGGCGUGAAUCAUGUUGAAGAAGCUGUUGUAGCGUUGUACUCUCUCCAUAAUUACUCCAAGCGGAAGAGCCUGAAGCGAAUCUUUAAGAGGAAGACAGCUGAAGUUUGGGCCAUGUUCAGUGAUGAAGUGCAAGAAGCAAAGAAAGAUAUGGUCUCGGGCCGCGGUCAGUACCCGACGGACUUGCCGUCUUUUGCAGGCAGAGCCACAGUACUACGUAUGAGAAAGAACAGACUUGCAUAUUUGAAAAAGGUGAUGACGGAUGCGUCAGUGUGGCUAAUGGCAUGCAGCAAUUCUGAAGAUGUCAUUAUGCAUGUGAACCGGCUAAUGGGAGCCAUAGAUGUUGCUAUACGGGAACUCUUUAUAUCUUGGACGCAUAAUCUCGAUGAAAAGUGUGGUGCUGGACUUAACAAGACGCUUAUGCGAAAGAGCGCAGAAAAUCCAGGUCUUCUAGAAUGUAACAUUGAUGUAAACAUCCUGGAACUGUGUAAAGAAGCUCACCAUUGGGAAAACUUGGGAUUAGACAUACCAUUACACGCCUAUCAGGUAUACAAUAAAAGCAAGACAGUAUUCUACGUAUACGAGAGCGUAUUGGCGGUCGUGAAGGGAUAUAAUAAGAUAAUUGACUCCCUCUCAGAUGAUGAAAGACAACUUUUCAAGCCCUUAACUUCAGUAUGUAUAUUGUUCUUUAAUAUGACCGACUUGUAG